AUGCUUGACAACGGAAAUCUUGUGCUCAGAACCAUAAACCUGCCUACAGACCAUCCUAAUGAACCUUACUUUACAAGCGGGAGUCGGGAUGACAAUGAUGCAUCGAAUGCAAGUUCCCGAUUCGUCUUCAAUCAGUCCGGAUACAUAUACGUACUGAGAGCGAACUGCCAGAAGUCCAUGAUCUCACAAGGAGGAAUUGUUUCAGCCACGGAUAACUAUCUCAGAGCAACUCUCAAUUUCGACGGUGUGUUCACAGAAUACUAUCAUCCCAAGAUAUCCAAUGGCAACGAAAACUGGUCUGUGCUGUGGUCUGAACCGAAAAAUAUUUUCACAGCAAGUGUUGUGUCUGCAGGAAGUGGCACUUGCGGAUAUAACAGCCUUUGCCAGCUCAACACGGAUGGAAGGCCGUCUUGUUCGUGCCCAAGAGGGUAUUCCUUACUUGAUCCAAGUGAUCAAUUUAGUGGCUGCAAACCGGAUUUCACGCAGGGCUGCGAGGAUGACCAUGAACAACUAUAUGCUCUUGUUGAGCUAUCCAACACUGACUGGCCAUUUUCUGACUACGUGCUGUUGGAGCCUUUCGAUAAAGGGGAGUGCAGGAAUUCUUGCUUGCGAGACUGCUUGUACUCUGUUUCCAUUUACAGAGAUAAUAGCUAUUGGAAGAAGAGGAUACCACUCUCAAAUAGGAGAGUUGUUAGAACUGAAAGGAGCACGGCAUUUGUCAAAGUCAGGAAAGAUAUUAAUUCUUCCCCACCGGGUCCUUGUCCUCCCGAUGAGAAGAAGCCGGGAAAGAACCACAACGAGACUAAAGUCCUCGUGGGAUCGGUGCUAUUAGUCAGCUCUGUGUUCUACAACUUUGUAUUAAUGGCUGCAAUUCUUCUGGGCUUUUGCUUCAUUUACAAGGGAAAGGACACCAGAAUUCCCCAAGUCGAAAGCGUCGUGGACACUAAUUUGCGUUGUUCCACAUACCAAGAGCUUAAACAAGCUACGAAUAGCUUCAAUGAAGAAGUAGGAAAAGGAGCUGUUAGCGUUGUUUACAAAGGGGAAAUGAAUAGGGGUUCGGGAAAUUUCGUUGCAGUCAAGAAGUUAGAAAGAUUGGUUCAAGGUGAGAAGGAAUUUGAAGCUGAAGUGAAUGUGAUUGGGCAGACACAUAACAAGAAUUUGGUCCGAUUGAUUGGAUUUUGCAAUGAGGGACCAAAUCGAUUACUGGUGUACGAGUAUAUGAGCAAUGGUACGUUAGCUAGCUUCCUUUUCGGAGAUACAAGACCGAGUUGGAACCAGAGAAUCAGAAUUGCCUAUGAGAUUGGAAGAGGAAUCUUGUACUUGCACGAAGAGUGUAGCACCCAGAUCAUCCAUUGUGAUAUAAAGCCUCAGAAUAUACUUAUUGAUGAUUAUUACAGUGCUCGAAUUUCUGACUUCGGAUUGGCAAAGCUUUUGAUGAUUGGUCAGAGCCAAACCCACACUGACAUUAGAGGAACUAGAGGGUACGUUGCACCGGAAUGGUUCAGGAGCAUGCCAAUCACAGUGAAAGUCGAUGUUUAUAGCUUCGGUGUGUUGGUGCUAGAGAUCAUUUGUUGCCGGAAGAGCGUAGAUAUGGAUACCAGUGAAGUAGAGAAAGCAAUCCUUACUGAUUGGGCUUAUGACUGCUAUCAAGAAGGAACGAUAGACGCGCUGGUUGAAGGAGACGUGGAGGCCAUAAACGAUAAGGAUAAGCUAGAGAGGUUUGUAAUGGUUACCAUUUGGUGUAUUCAAGAAGACCCGUCUUUAAGACCCACAAUGAGGAAGGUAACUCAGAUGCUUGAAGGAGUUGUUGAAGUUAAUGUUCCCCUAUGUCCCUCCCCAUUUAGUACUACGAUAUUGAUUUAG